CUGACUGAGGAACUCUGAAGGUGAAAACCUCUCAAAAAGGAGAGUUAGUAAAACAAAAAAAAACUUGGCAGUCUGCCACUGGAGCAAAGCAGCAGAUCCAGUCCAGAGGACGGUUGAAGGCAGAUUUGUCGGGUCUCUAUACUGAAGGAGAUGAUGAACAGCUCGACUUUGAGGGUGCUCUUUUUACUCUGCCAAGUCCAGUGUUUAGCUGCUCUGGCUGCGACAGGGAUCCAACCACACUAUCCAAACAAUAGAAACUGCUCUCAUAGUGGAAACCCAGAAAACAAGAAUCUUGAGAACAUCUCUGAUAUGGACCUGCAGCAACUCUCCACCAUUCAGUUUCCACACGUGACUGGCAGUUUGAAACGCAUGAAGAGGGAGUGGGUUAUUCCAGCAAUUAACUUUCCAGAAAAUGACAGGGGUCCAUAUCCCAAAUUUAUGGUGAAGAUUAAGUCAAGCAAUCAGGAAAAGGUGGCGAUAACCUACAAGAUCUCUGGACCAGGGGCUGAUCAGCCCCCUGAGGGUGUGUUUACUGUUGAUCGGCGAUCUGGGGUGCUGUAUGUGACACAGCCACUGGACAGGGAGAAGACAGCCAAAUACACUCUGUUGGCCCAUGCACUGAAUGAGGGAAUUAAGGCUGAGGAGCCAAUGGCACUCAUUAUUAAUGUCAUUGACCAGAAUGACAAUGCUCCACAGUUCACUCAGAACUCUUUCUAUGGCAGAGUGAGCGAAAGUGCUGAAGUUGAUGACUCUGUCAUCAGGGUAACAGCGGUGGAUAAAGAUGACGCACAAACAAACAAUGCAAUAAUCAGGUAUCGGAUAAAGUCUCAGAUGCCUCAAAUGCCCAAAGGAGACAUGUUCGCCAUAAACCCAGUGAGUGGAACUAUCAGUGUGGCAGCAGGUGGACUGGACAGAGAGACUCAGCCAGAGUACCAGCUGAUGAUUGAAGCUGCUGACAUGGAGGGGGAUGGGCUAAAGGCCACCUGCACCGUUAUCAUUAGCAUCACUGACAGCAACGAUAAUGCUCCACAAUUCACCGUCACAUCUAUAUCCACAUCGGCCCCUGAGAAUGAGGCUGGAGUGGAGGUAGUAAGGCUGGAGGUCACUGACAAGGACGAGUUAGGAUCUCCAAAUGCCAACACUAAAUAUUCAAUAAUCAAAGGCAACAAGGGGGGAGACUUCAACGUCACCACAGGCUCCAGUAAAAUGGAGGGAAUCAUCACCACAGUCAAGGAAUUGGAUUUUGAGACCACUCCCAUUUUUACUCUGCUGGUAGUGGUGACAAAUGAGGUGCCGUACUCAGAGCCAGUGUCUGCGUCGACAGCCACAGUCACCAUAACAGUUGUGGACAAGAACGAGCCUCCUGUUUUCAGUCCAGCAGAGAUCCAUGUGAGCAUCUCAGAGGACUUGAAAAUGGGGAGGUCUGUUGUCGGCCUGAGCGCUAAGGACCCAGACACAGCCAGGAAACAGAGUGUUAGAUAUAAACUACACAAUGACUCUGCAAGAUGGCUGAGUAUUGAUGAGGACACAGGAUCGGUCAAAGUUAAAGGCAGCCUGGAUAGAGAAUCACACUAUGUCAAAGACAGCAAAUACACAGUCCUGAUUCUGGGUUACGACAAUGAUACUGUUCCAGCUACAGGGACAGGUACUCUGGUUGUGACAUUAUUGGAUGUGAACGAUCAUCGUCCAGUGAUCAAGCAGAGGAAAGCCAGUCUAUGUAACAAGGACCCUGUUCCUGUUCAGCUGGACAUAGUGGACCUAGAUGGACCAGGUCAUGCUGGACCGUUUACUGUGGAUCUUCUAGGACAGCACAGGAUCAACUGGACUAUUACCACCAAUUCCACAAGCAAUGCGGCAGCCUUGGCCCCCAAACGUGAGUUGUCACCCGGGAACUAUUAUGUGCUCAUGCGUAUCUUUGAUGUUGGCGCGCUCUACCAAGACAGCACACUGGAUGUAGAGGUGUGCGAAUGUCAAGGGGCUGUUUCCAACUGCUUUAUCUCACACCCUGCCCCUCGUCUGCACAUUUCUUCUCUCGCAACAUCGGUCCUGGGAGCAAUCUUUUGUCUUCUUUUGCUGCUUCUGCUACUACUGUUGUUGUUGUUGAGGAUGAGGAGGUCGGAGAAGGAUGGGCCUUUUCUUGAAGACCUACCAAGAGACAACAUCUUUUACUAUGAUGAGGAGGGAGGAGGUGAAGAAGACCAGGAGUAUGACCUGAGCCAGCUUCACAGAGGGCUGGAUAACCGUCCCGAGGUCCUCUGCACCGAUGUGUUUCCCAUUGUUGUCCAGAGCCACCCACGCUACCGCCUACAACUCCAAGCCAAUGAGGAGAUUGGCACAUUUAUUGCAGACAACGUGCGUGCCGCAGACAGUGACCCCACAGCUCCCCCUUAUGACUCUCUCCUGGUGUUUGACUAUGAGGGCGUUGGCUCUGAGGCGGGUUCGCUCAGUUCCAUCAACUCCUCAGACUCAGAUGAGGAGCAAAACUAUCAGAGCCUGGCCCACUGGGGGCCGCGUUUCAACAGAUUAGCUGACCUGUACACAGGCGGGAUAGAGGAGGACGAUGACACAGAAACAUUGCCAGGAAAAACAGAAUGGGUCUGACGUGCUCAUGUGUAUUUAAAGCUCCCGCUGUGACAUUUUUCCAGACUUGGCUGUGGUCUGAGAUAGAAGAUGCACAGGCUCGGUUCAUGCAUCACUCUAAGCUUUCCUGGUCUGGUUUAUUUUAUUAGGUUAUUGCUGGAAUUUGUGGGUCCUUUUACAAACUAAACAAUAUUUAAUAGUAUGUGUGCCCUGAGCUUACAGUAAUGAUGUCAUGUUAGGUAUAUUGUUUCACUUGCUCCACGCCAAAACCUCAUUGCACAAAUUAAAGUAAACAUCAUUUACUCUGUAUUGAGCGACGGCUUUACUCACGAGUGCAAUUGGAUUUCUAAUUUAUGGGCAAUAUUUGAAGACGUGAGUUUGAACAAGGGUUGGCAGUUCACUGCAUUGGCAGGCCCGUGUUGGAGCUCGUAGUUAAGCAGCACCAACAUCAGACUCUCUGCAUCAUCGAAGACAUGAUCUCAAAGAGAAGUUUAUAAUAAUGAAGUGAUAGAGCUGUUAAAAAAAUACUGGGUUGGCAACAAAGCUGCGACACUUAGAUUAUUUCCCUGAUAUCUCUCAAAUAAAACCUUCUCACGCAUUACAGGAAACUCAUUUCUUCGUUUCUUCAACACAUUGCCCAAAGUUCCUCAAGGCUCAGUCGUAUGUUUUUAUUUUUUCUUCCUCCGUGCAUAAUAUCAUCUAUAAGCUCAAUGUUUCUUGCGGUAAUGUGUAUGAGACACUUGCUGCGUAGUGUCUAGUGCUGAACUUGCACUGUUGCCACUGUGAAGGAUAUUUGUUAAUGAUGUCUUAACAUUUUAUAAUGUGUUUUUAACAUUG